AUGAAUGUUUUGCAGGGCCGGUUCGUUUCACACGAGCCGUCGGAGGAGUUAACUUGGCGAGCAGAGAGGCUGGUCAGUAAAGAGUCGUGGUUGGAGCGCGGAGAUUUCCUGCCUCUCAAUGUGUCCUACCAGGUGCUUGCUGGAGCGCCGCCUGCUCAACAGAGGUAUCUUUCCAUUGGAUUGUCCUCCGUGAAGAGGAAGAAGGAGGGCUAUCUAAUCCCCACUUUGAAGUCCCUCUUCUUCCAGUCAUCUCCUGAGGAGCGCUCCUCCAUGGUGGUGGUAGUGCUGCUGGCAGAUUUUGAUGUUACCUGGAGAGUCACUACAACACGGGAGAUUAAAGCAGGAUUUGCUGUGGAGCUGGAACAGAGCCAGCUGGUGGUCCUCCAUGUUCCUCAGGAUCAAUACCCUUCUGUUACAGGUCUAAAGAGGAACUACAAUGAUGCUCCGGAAAGGGUAUCCUUCCGCUCCAAGCAGAACCUGGAUUACUCCUUCCUCAUCCACUACACUGCAGGUCUUGGCAGAUACUAUCUCCAGCUGGAAGACGACGUCUCCUCUGCAAAAUAUUUCCUCUCGACCAUCAGGAGGCACGUUGAGGAGCAAGAGGCGAAGAAGACCACCUGGGCAAUGCUGGAAUUUUCCGUCCUCGGCUACAUUGGAAAAUUGUACAAAUCUGCUCAUCUUCCUCUCCUGGCUCGCUUUCUCUUCCUCUUCUACCAGGAGAUGCCCUGCGACUGGUUAAUGUCUCGCUUCCGAGAGUUACUCACACAGAAGGAGCCAAUCGUUUUUAAACCAUCACUGUUCCAACACAUAGGGACUUACUCCUCUUUCCAAGGGACAUACAACAAGCUAAAAGACAUGGACUUUGAGGAGGGGAUUUACACCAACCCUUCAGCUGAGGUUUAUUCGGAUAUGUCCACCUACAAGAACCACCACCCCAAACUCGCCUGGGAGCCUGGUGAGGGGUUUUUCUGGGGACGCUCGCCAGAUAACGGAUCUUACCUGACCGCAGUGUUCAAAGCCCCCACUGUGGUAACGGGGAUAUUUGUAGAAACAGGAUCAGAGGGCAAAGACGUCCUGGAGUCAGCUCAGGUGGAGAUCGGCCGUGACGUGAGGAGCACAGAGAAAGGGGAGAAGAGUUGUGAAAGGUUCUUGUCAGUGGGCACGUUAGAGAAUGGGAGGUUUGAGAAGCAUGAGAUGGACAAAAAGGAUAGUUUUAGCUCAUCUUGUCUGAGGAUAAAGGUCUCAGCUGGGCAGAAGGAAUGGGUGAUCAUCAAGAAAAUCAGGAUCUCAACAAAGCCAAGUUCAAUUCCACACCAGACAUAAAAAUCUUUUUGUUUCCUCCUGGUCAGAUGAGUACUUUUUUACUUGACAUGCUAGAUGUUAAAUGCAAUCCAGACUUUUGUGCCUUGUUAAACAAUUCGCCUAAUGAAUGAAUUUGAUAUGUUGAUGCUUUGUGAUAACUUGAAACUCAUCAUGAGGAGAUUUGCCGGGAUAACGGUUCAUAUCAACCAAAAGCAAGGAGCUCCAGGAGGUAGAUGUUUGACUGAGCACAUUGAAAAAGGUGUGCAUACCUCCUGUGAGGGAAACCCUCUGAUGCUGAGUGUGAUCAUGUUAGCUUUCCUCAUGUCUGAGCAUUGUGAACCCUGUUGGAGGAAUCCUGGAAGGAUUGCCUCUACCGUGGCCUUGUUGCCCACCUGGAUAUUGGCAGAAGAUUGAGACGGGGCUGAUGAAACCAUUUUGCCUUCUGAGCAAUGACAUGCCACAUGCCAACCAAAAGAAGCAACUGCCGCUGUGCCUGAAGAGCGUGACGAUACUGCUCCUCUGUGUCCGUGGGAUGACGCCAUUGCCACGAUGUUACCACACGGCCAGGCGGUGCCGUUCUUUUUUCCUCUUUCCUUGGGGGGUGGGUUUGUUCCUGGGAUGCUAAAUGAGGCCCAGGUAACCGCUAUAAAUAGCCUCAGCUGUGUGUGUCGGUCGUGGCAUUGUUGAAACUUGCGGUUGCGGCUUUAAGACGAGAUUAAGUCUUAAGUUUGUUCUAUUCUGCUACUGAACCCUUUCAGCGCCGGGGGCCCAAGAGUCUGGCUGUAGAAAUUGUGUAUUUACUUUCCAAUCUUCAGGUUUAGCACUUUAGCACCGUUUUUCUGCUUACGUGACUCGUAUAGUGACCUCACACAGCGUUGUGCUGCUUCUGAUGUGUGGUGGUGGUAGAUGGAGCUAAGGUGCUCUCAGAUGCUGGUAGACAGGUGUGGGCCCGACCUUCUCCCUUUGCAUCGGUAGAGCACCAAUCCACCGGCUGUCUUCUCCAAUUACUGAGAGGUAAUAAGAAUUCUGGGACUCACAGUCGGGGUAGUGAUGCUCCUCAUUGAACUGUCCACCAUUGUGCUUCUUAGAGACUAACUGGGAUCCUGUGAUCCUAAACACUGUGUUUUCAUUUUACUGCAGGGUGUUAUCAAAGAGCCACAAGCUUGAAGGACUUGUCUGGGAAUAGUUUAUUGUGUUGGCAUUUUCAUGUUGGUUGGUGUUGUUGCUAAUUUGGUUGCGAUAGAUGGGCAGAUGUUUGUUUUGGUUGUUUUAUGUUGAUUUCAGAUGGCCGGAUGGAUUGGUUUGGUUACUGAUUUGGUCCCACUAACUUCCCUCUAGUGCCAACCUCAGUGGAUUGAUCUGUGGUUGAUGUUUGUUUCCCCUGUUUUUGUGGUUCUUUGGGAAUAAACACCAACUGAUGUUCUUCCAUGUUCUUCCAAAGUGUCAGUGAAAAGCGAAGGUGGUCGGGUCAAACACAGACAGGUUCCACAUCACCCUCUCAGGGCCCGGACUAGUGAAUGGGAAAGAAGGAUUUGGGUUGUGGGGUGACCCUAACCAUACAGCGCUGGAUGGGAAGAGGGAGGUGGUGUUUGACCCGAGGGCAGUGGGCGCUGCCGCGGUGUCGGUUAGUCACAACGAAUCAGGUCUGUGCUUGUGGGCUUCUAUGUCUGCUAUGAGACAGAUCCCACGGUGCAUCUGUUUCACCACUUGAUCAGCCUCUUGCAUAUUGUAUCACGGUCAGGUUGUCGGUUUUAGCUGCUGGUGUCAUGCUAGCUUUGCUGCUUGUGUUUAGUUUCCUCAGGGUCUUUGCUGUUAGGAUUGACAGCCAAUGCAUAAAUAAAAUGUACCAGUCAAAAGUUUAGAACAUUCAUUGAAAUCAAUGAGACGGUGAAAUGUCCUAUCACACAACCUACGGGCCACUUGGAGCAUGUCUCCUCGUGAAGGUGUGCAGCAGGAGCUGGGCCUGUGCUGUGUUGUUAUUUGGUGGCACAGGUUCCCCUCCCUCCGGAGCCCCGGUGACCACCAGAGGACAGCCAACUAAUCUACAAUUUAACUACACACACAAUGGGGUCAUCUGUCCAGGCCAUGAUGCUUGAAUGCAGUACACAUUUAUGUCAUUAAGAGUUGUUGUUGUCAUGUAGUGAUCGUCUGUAAAUGUGGUACUAAGGUGCAGAGAUUACUCUUUGCUCCAGAAGAGUUUGUUCUGUCUGAUAAAUAAAUAAAUGAAAACUCAAAUGUCAA